AUGGUCGUGUUGGAGUUAUUCUACGUCUUCGUGUCGAUUCCGCUGCGUAUCGGCUUCCUGUUUGACCCUUACGCUACAGAUGACUGGAGCUCCGGUUGGACAGACGAACUUACAGUAUUUACAGUUCUAGACGUGCUCGCAGACACCGCAGGGUUCGCCAGUCUAUUGGAUAUAUUUGCAGCUCAACGUCGAGCUCAAGCUGCCGUCGCUGCAGACGCCAUUGGAUCGAUUGGAGCUCGGCGACAGCGCUCUACUAAAGGCCCCAAUAACCCACCUGGACGUAGAGCUUCUCUCCUCUCUGGUAUACGAGAUUCCAUGCAAGUGGCAUGGUCUUUAAACACAAUUAUCCCAAAAAGCCAUCGACAUCACGGGAUCCAAAGACCCGUCCUAUUAGAAAUUAUUUCCAUGAUCCCAUUAGAACUCCUCGCGUUAGCAUUUGGCCCCAACGCUCUGCACUUACUGCGAGUAUUGAAGCUACUACGACUGUAUCGAGUACCUGGCUGUAUGCGCGAACUAAAACACAUGUAUACAGGCUCGAGAGUUGUCCGGAUACUCGAGUAUACAGGCAACGUCGUUCUCUUCAACACUGUCGUAAUGGGGCUUGUAGCUUGUCAUUGGAUAGCGUGUGGGUACAUGGCUGUAGCGCAUCUGGAGUGUGGUAUCGACUUCAUGCUCUGUAGUAAAGCUCUCACUGUACUUACGACAAUCCCCGGAGCUGGAGAACACGGCGUCCCAAAGGGCAUCGCAGGGGUCUCGCCAACAGGAGACGGCUCUGGGUAUACGUGUUGGGCUAUCGACGACUACUUGGUGGGCACAAAUGUGGGUCGACAAUACGGUAGAGCGGUGUAUUGGGCCUCCCGUUCGAUGGUGACCGCAGGCUUCUAUGACGUCGCAGCGUCGACCAACAUCGAGACUGUGUAUGUGAUUUUUGCUCAAGUUCUCGGGGCCAUCUUCACCACGGCAGUUCUCGCUACAUUUCUCUUUAUUUUCCGCUACAGGAAUGCUCGAAUGCAGAAAUUUAUGGCUCACGUAGACAGUGCGAAGGAGUACAUGCAAGUGCGACAUUUUCCCGAAAAUGUACGCGAAGGAGUUCUCGGAUAUUACAAAAAUACGUGGGCCACUCAUCAGGCGUUGCAGCAUGACGAGGUGAUCGAACGUCUCCCAGGACACUUGAAGGUCAGUGUGUACAGUGUUUUAAAGACGAAACGUAUCCAGGACGUGGCCUUUCUGGCUAAAGAGAGCAUUGAGUUCAUCAAUACGCUGGCCCUUCGUAUCGAAUACUGUGUGUAUUCCCCGAAAGAUUGGAUCAUCGAGAAACUACCAGAUGGCAUGUAUUUUGUACUACGUGGGAGUGUCCAACUCGACGGUCCGAGACACCCACAAACAGCGUAUGCGAAAGCUGGCGAUCACUUUGCAGAGGGUUCUUUAUUGUUUCCUACUCGAUCCGAUGAACGAGCACGAGCUCAGACGUAUUGCGAUUUGUAUAAACUCCCACAACGCAGUUUUAACAAGACGCUAACCGUGUUUCAUCGCGAAAAUGCGCCCCAACAUUUGGAGGAAAUGCGCUCGAUGCACGCGCGACACGACCAGCAAGAGCAGAAGAUGAAGAAAAUGCUUGGACGCUCGGCAGAUAACGCAGACGCCAUGGCAAAUAUCAACAACAGUGGCGGGCGAUACAGCGUCACCUACGGUAGUGACGUACGUGUCCGUCGGCAGCGGAUUCCGUGGCGUAUCCCGGGUUCGAAUUUUCGGAAAUAUUGGGAACAUGCGCGGCUGCUUUCGCUGAUUUUCGUGGUCUUUGAGGUCCCGUUGUACUGCGUUUUCGACGCGGAUACAUUCCCUUUCGGUGCCAAGUCGAUAUACUCGUUUCAGUCCAUGACAUCCAUCCUAGUUGAAGCGUUUUUUGUCGUGGAUUUCGCGUUUCGAGCGCGGUUUUUCGCGUACGUAGACCAACUUGCGCUCAUCACAGUGAGUGAUCCAAUCUACAUCUUGGACGCGUAUCGAGAGAACGGCAUGUGGCUGGAUCUAUUGGCGAUAAUCCCUUUACCGCUAGUGGUAGAGUUUGUCGUAAAUCGCGGUCACGGAUGGACCAUGUGGCUUCAUAUUAGUCGACUUAUCCGUCUUCUACGAGCCCGCUAUCUGCAACAAACGAUCCAAGAAUUCAGCCAUAUCCGAGGACUCUCGUCGAAAAUGCAGCAGGCAGGGACGAUGCUGCUGUACGUGACGUUGCUGCUUCAUGUGACCGGUUGUCUGUGGUUUCUUAUGGCCCGUUUCAGCGUGUUGGAAGCCGAGUUUGAGCCCAUAUUAGAGGAAUACACACGUGAUCGCUGUUUACGGGACGCCGGUCUUCAUGGGAAUUGUUCAUGGACACUGUACGACGCGUAUGGACAAAUUGGCACAACCUUUAAGAUACAAGACCCCGAACAUUCGAUUUAUACAGUGCAGAUGGCGUACAUGCGCUCGAUUUACUGGGCUAUCGUUGCACUCACCACUGUAGGAUACGGUGACAUUGUGGCUUUCUCGACGUAUGAAAGUUAUUUUGCAGCGGUGUGGGUAUUUUUCGGAGGGAUUAUAAAUUACGGCGUCGUGGGUGCUAUGUCCAAUAUCAUUUCGAAUCUUACGGCCAGUAGUCGCCAUCAUUCCGAGAAAAUGAACGCUGUCAACGUGACGCUGGGGCACUUUCGUAUCUCCGAGAGCGUUCGAGUGCGCAUUCGACAGUUCUAUCACCAGCAAAUGUACGAGCAAAAAGUGACAUCAGAGGUGGAACUUCUCGAUGGGUUACCCACUCAACUACGCCAUCGGAUCUCCAGUAUCCUCCACGCCGAGUCUGUACGUAAGGUGCCACUCUUUGUGGAUGCGCAGAACGAACGUCUGCUCUAUGAACUGACGGGACUAUUUCGACGUCAAUUGUUCCAACGAGGAGACCCUUUUUUCGCUGAGGGUACACUUUGUGAAGAAAUGUAUGUCGUUGUCAAUGGACGAGCCAAUAUCUUUAGUAAACGAGUGGGUACAUUACCGAUUGGAGCGCUAUCCGCUGGAGAUUGCUUCGGUGUGUGUGAGCUUUUACUUCGGAAAAGCUUCAACACUACAGUCAUCGCUGCAAGUGUCGUAGAUGCCUCUGUCAUCACGUAUUCGGCUUUUGUUGCAAAAAUCGAGCGUCAUUUUCCCAUUGAGAUGGAAAAUUUGCGCUCCCAAGCUACACAACAACACAUUUUUGACACGUUGACGCUCGAAGCAGUGGUCGACAACAUCAAAUCGAGGUCGACUUUAAUGAAAUAUACGGAAAAAUGUACGAGUAUGUUCGAGGAGAAGGAGAAUUGGGGCAAGCAACGCAACAAGCUGCGUCUUCGACUCUAUUGGGACUUAAUCAUACUCGCGUUGGAUGUGUAUAAUGCCUUCCAAGUCACGUUCCGUAUUGGGUUUCUAGCUCAUCCUUCAAGUGGCACACGACUGUUUCUCAUGGCAUCGGACUUCGUAGGUGACGUCUUGUUGGCUGCAGAUAUUUACCUCAAGCUGUACUACUUUGAGUGUGAAGAAGUUGGUUUGAUGAACCUCGUAUACCGAGAGGAACGUAGUGAGACGUAUACAGGUCGUGAGUUACGCAAUGAUUUACUGAGUAGUCUACCUCUGUACUACGUGGGGAGUAGCUUCCUGGCUAUGAGUUUAUGCAGACUCCCUCGGUUACUGCGACUCCACCAAAUCCCAGGAAUGAUCGACUCGCUUAUCAUGCGAUUGCAGCAAAAAUUCUCAGCUGGAGGGAACAUUUCGGCGUAUCUGAGUCCUAUCAAACUGGUACUUAUUUUGUUAUUUACGGGACAUCUGGCUGCGUGUGUGUUCUACCUCAUCUGCCACACCGAUCACAACCACAAGAACUGGACCCACCACGACCCAAUUGUAGUUAUGGAGCACGAAUCAACCGGCGUGCUUUACCUGCGAGCAUUCUACUGGGCACUGACAACGUUGACACUUGUAGGGUCCAGAGAAAUUGUGCCGUUAGGACUACCUGGAACGCUCUGGGCCACUUUCACGUGUCUAUGCUGCGCAUUUGUUGUGGGUCAUAUCGUGGGGGAACUCUCGGAACUUUUUCUGGAGAUGGAUGCAACUAAAAAAGAAUUAAAAGAACGCGAGUCGCACUUCGACCAGUUCGCGAAAGAUCACGAUUUACCUUCCAGUAUCUGCACCCGCGUGCAGCAUUAUCUUAAAUUCCAGCAUCAUUAUCUUAAAGGUCUGGAUAUCUACGACACGUUUAGCGAUUUAUCACCGAAUCUACGCGUACAAUUGAUGCUGGAUCUCCACGGAAAUACUUUACAGAAUCUUUGCAUCGCCCCAUUUCUGAAUCAAACCCAGAUCAAUGGACUCGCCGUGAGGCUGAAAUCGGAGCUUUACAUUCCCGGAGAUACGAUUAUUGUGGAGGGCGAUCUAGGACACAAACUUUACAUUGUGAAAGGAGGGACGGGGAUGGUGCUCUGGAAAUCUACAGGAACAGCUGCUACGACAUGCAGUGAGCUGCUUGUCUUAGGACGUCGUUCGUGGGAGGAAUUAUUGGCUUCGAGUCCUCGUGAAGAAGCGGAGAGCACUGAACGUGCGUUGAUCCAAUGGGUACAGUUUUGUCUUAAAGGGUACAACAUCAUGACAGUGGAACUCGUGAAAGAUAUCAAAUCUGGAGACAACUCUAGAUGA